AUGGCUUCCAAAAACUGGCUGUUCCUGCUCCUGAGCUGUGCCUCAGUCACAAGUAUCCUAGGAGAUAUUCUCAUGAGACCCAGCUGCAGCACAGGAUGGUUUUACUACAAAUCCAAUUGUUAUGGAUAUUUUCGAAGACCUCACUCUUGGUCAGAUGCUGAGCUGGAGUGUCAGGCCUUUGGGAAUGGGGCCCACCUGGCCUCUAUCUUGGAUCAAAAGGAAGCCAAAGUUAUAGCCAAGCACAUCUGGAGCUAUCAGCAAAGCCAGCCUGUCUGGAUUGGUCUCAAUGACCCCCAAAAGAACAACAAAUGGAAAUGGAUUGAUGGAGGCUUCUAUUUCUUCCGAUCCUGGUCAAACAAGUCUUACCAUGGAAACAAAGGCUGUGCUGAGAUGGAUCAUGAGAACAAUUUCUUAACCUGGAAUAAAAAUGACUGCAGCAAGCGCCAACACUUUAUUUGCAAGUACCGACCCUAGAAGCUAGGCUAAAUCGUCACACCAGAAGCAUGCCCUUUUUUCAUCUUUAUCUCAAUGGGAAGAUCCCAUGAAUGACUGGAAAAACUUUUCUCUCUUCAACCCUUUUCCAGUGGUUUUUAUCAACAAUAUAUCAGCAAUGGAGCCAACUGCUUUCUGAAGCAUUAAUUUUUCAAUUCUUAUGUGUUCUCCCUUCCCUCCCUCUUGCCCCUUUCUUUAGUCUUUAGGUAGACUAAAGACAGGGAUAGGAAGAAGGAUACUACCCUCAAAUGAUGAAGGAUCUCUCUGACUUUAAGAGGUGGCAGAUGGAAGGGUAGUGAGUAAAGCAAGUUUUCUGAGCACAUGAGAUGCUUGUCUCAGCUCUAUGGGAUCUUCCUUCUCCAAGUUUGCUUACCCUGACCCUUCUAAAUCUGACAUAGCCUUCCAACUCUUGUCAGAAGGAUAUGUAUCCAGUGCAAAGCACAGUCCAUCCUUCACCAGACCAAAUCUAGGUCAUGAGUUAUGCUGUUCCCUUUUAUGCACAAAAGCUGUUUCAUUUGGGGCUGCUCAGGGUUCAAAGAGCACGCUCAAACUUUUCCUCUACAACUCUUUCCUCAUAGAUCCUCUGUCCCACUUCAUAAUGGCCAUCUCUGAGAUGUCUCU